UGUCAAAAGGAGCAAAAUUUGGAUUUUCUUUUUUUUGGAUUGACGCCACCAAAAGUUUGGUUGAAUUAGUUGAAUGGUGUUGUUUCAUUUUCUAUCCAAAUAUAUAUUCUUAUCGCCAUGUCUGUACGAAGCUAUAUUGGUAGGGAAAAAUUUAAUGUGAGCCUUAUUAAAGAGGUCCAGAAAUACACGGUACUGUAUGACCAUGCACAUCCGGAUUUUAGGAAUUCAUUUGUUAAAUUAAAAAUUUGGCAAGAAAUUGGUCGAACCUUGGGCGAAAGUGAACAUUUGUGUAAGGUGCGUUGGGUAGACUUAAGAAAACAGUAUUCAAAGGAAUACCAAAGAAUGCGUGCUCCCAGCAAUGUACGCAAUACCUAUUGGAGAUACACGGAAGCAUUGUCCUUUUUGAAGGAAUAUGAGACACACAAAGUAAUCUCUCCACAGGAACCCCCCAAGGUUGCCAAGCGUGAUGUGUAUUGCCGAGCCUGUUUAUGCCCAUUUCAAGCGGAGUCUGGUGGCACCAAGAGCCAUAACAUAUUCGAAAUCUCAGAUUUGGCUAAAAAACUAUCUGAGUGUUCAGGGCGAGAAGUUGUUGAAUGGGAUGAGUAUCCCCAAUCUGUAUGUGAAAAAUGCUAUAAAAAAAUUAUUUAUUUCGCUCAAUUUCGUGAUAUGUGCCGUUCAUCCCUGGAGAAAUUUAACACCAUAAUACAUGAUCCAAAAGAAGUCGCAUACGAUUUGAAUGAAACCAUCAAAGAUGAUUCUUUGAACUUUACCUUGGAGGAUGAUGCAGAUCUGAAUACACUUUUGGAAAACGAAGAAACCUACAAAGUCAAAAACACCAAAAAGCGUAAAAACAAACUAGAGCCAGAAAAAAUACGUGUGCCAGAAGUUAAGCCAGAAUUAGAACAUGACAAUGAAAUUAUGGAUGAAAUUAUACAAGUUGAGAUUGAAAGAAAUGCAGAUUGUGAUGAGCAAAGUACUAGCGUGGACACAGCUGUGGAACAUUUGCCCACAGAAGAACCCCUUAAACAUAUAGUAGAAGAUGAAAAUAUCGAAGACAUGUUCAAUGAAGAGACAUUGAUGGAAGAUGCGGAGUACCUUAUCGAGGAGGAAAAAUACAUAGUUGAAGAAUUGCAGGAUGAAGAAGAGUCUGUUUCAGAACCAUCUAUAAAACGGAAUGCCAAACCCAAACGAAAGCAUAAUCAAAAUUGUUUAAAAUGUAACAUUUGCUCGGCACUUUUUCGCUUUCAACAUCGCUUGGAUGCUCAUGUACGACAACAUCAGGGACUUCAUGGUUACCCAUGUACUUUUGAAGGUUGCAAGCGUGCCUUCCAGCGUAUCGAUGAUUUCCGAGCUCACAUUAAUGACCAUAAUGGUAUAUCCAAUGAAUUUAUAUGUGGCAUCGAAAACUGUGAUAAAGUCUUUAGCACCAAAUAUCUCUUGAAGAGGCAUAAAAGGAAUCAGCACUUUGUGGGAGUACAAGUACUGGCGAACAAGAAAAAAUAUCCCCCCCGACAUUUUGUUUGUGAAAUUUGCGGCCGUGUAGUAUCCAGCCGUGCUGCCCUGCUAGAGCAUGGCUUUGUUCAUGUCGAUAAAUCGCUGUGGCCCUACGCCUGCGACGAAGAAGGAUGUACGAGGCGAUUUCGCAUAUUAUCUCAUCUAAAAAUUCACAAAAAUCGUCAUGCUGGUAUUAGGAACUACGUUUGCCCCUAUUGCAAUGAACGUAAAACCACUAGGACUGAGUUGACGAUACACAUCAACGGUCACACUUUUGAACGCAAAUAUACAUGCCACAUCUGUUUGAAGGUUUUUAAAUGCGCUGGAACACUAAACGUGCACAUUCGCCGCGUCCAUGCACAAAAAGAAAUUCUCGAGUGUCGUUUCUGCAGUCACAAAUGCAGUACUCCCCACUAUUUGAGGUAUCAUGAGUCGACCCAUACCGGAGCAGAUCCUUAUCCCUGUCAGCAGUGUGGCAAGCAGUUCGCAACCGCUUCCGGUCGCCAUACCCACAUGCAAGUGCAUACAAAGGGCGAGCAUCCACACAUCUGUAGCGAGUGUGGCAAAACAUUCAGAUGGGCAUCCAGCCUUAAAUAUCAUCACCAGCAUUUGCAUAACUCAGCAGCGGAAAAGCUACCAUACAUCUGUAAGGAUUGUGGCCAAGAAUUCCAUUCCAAAGGAAGCUAUAAUGGCCAUUUAAAAACACAUUCUUUCAAGGAAUUCCUAAAUAUACAAUAUCUAGAUGAUGUUAACGUUGAGGAAUAGUUGUAUACUAGUUAAAAAAAAAUUAAAAAUAUUCCUAAAGGAUAUUUUCGAAAA